AUGGCGGGUGUGAAUGGAGAUCGUAAAGGCAAGAAAGAUGACAAUGGCAUCGGGACGGCAAUAGACUUUAUGCUUUCAAAUGCCAAACUUGUCCUAGGUGUGGGCGGAGCGGCCAUGCUUGGUAUUGCUACACUUGCCGUCAAAAGAAUGUAUGAUCGUGCUGUAAGUGUCCCCACAAGCCCUACAAAGAUGGAGAAAUCAGGGAAGAGAAGUUGGGAGGAACCUGCGUGGAUGGGCUCUUCACCUCGGGUCUUAAAUCGUGACAUGAAAACCACUGUGAGCCGCUCCUUACAGUCUCUGCCUACUUCUUCACAAUCUUUUCAACCAGACUGCCUCCGAAGAGCUGUUGGCCGAGCUGCUGUUGGCUGUACUGGGUCGACUGAGGCAGACCUACUUCGUGCCCGGAUGCGCCUUUCACUGCAAGAACGUCUUUGGGAAUUCUACCAAAAUUUAGUGAAUAUUCCUUCUGAGGAGCAGGCCAUGGCCAGGAGGGCAGCCCUUGACAUCUGCGCUGAGCUCAGAGUGUUCCUUCAUGCCAAGUUGCCUGACAUGCCACUAAGGGAGAUGUACCUCAGUGGCAGCCUGUAUGACGACCUGCAGGUUGUAACAGCUGAUCAUGCUCAGCUGAUGGUGCCUCUAGUCUUGGAGAAGAAUCUGUGGUCAUCCAUCCCUGGAGAAGACACCAUUAUGAAUGUCCCAGGUUUUUGGCUUGUUCGAAGGGAAAACUUAGAAUAUUUUCCACGAAACAGUAGCUACUGGGACCGCUGCAUGGUGGGUGGGUACCUGUCUCCCAAAUCAGUUCUGGAGGUGUUUGACAAGCUUGUGGCUGGCUCUAUCAACUGGCCUGCCAUAGGAAGUGUCCUCGAUUAUGUCAUCCAUCCAGUGGUUCCCUCUGAAACGCUCACCCUGGAGGUGCAGUAUGAAACCGAUCGAAAGCUCUAUGUGGAUUUCCUCCCAUUACUGGUGAUGGAAGAUGGAACAUCACUUAUUGCCAAGCCCCACCGCCUGGCUGCAGAGCGCCACGAAAACCUGUGGCGUCAGAGUUUCCGUGUGGCAGAGACGGCUCGGCUCAGGGCUCUGGACCAGGAGGACGGAGGCUGUCGCUGCACCUGUUUGAAGGUGGCAAAGGCAGUGUGCAAAUUAAACCCUGCUCUGAGCCGGCUCAAUGCCAGCCAGCUCACCAAUGCCAUUUUACUGCUAAGUGAGAAGGAAGGGGACUGGACACAGGAAGCACUAGCGGAUCGUUUCCUCCAGCUGCUGCGAGCUCUAGUCGGACACUUGGAAGCUGGGAGGCUGCCUUGUGCGCUCAACCCCAAAGUGAAUUUAUUCUGUGAACUCACUGAACAGGAAGUGGAUGAACUGGGAUAUACACUGUACUGUGCUCUUUCAGACCCAGAGGGGCUUUUGAGAACUGCCCUGGAAGCUCCCCCCUGACCUCUUUUCUAUCAUAAUGUUUGUAAAAACAGAUGCAUGAUAACAUCCUUCAGAGGGACACACGCCUGCAUUGUUUUUAUGACCUACUCUAAAUAAAGUGGCUGUUAUACUGAGUUCAGUUUAACCUGUGACGUAAGGCUUUAUGAGACUGAAAUAAAUACUUUUAUUUUGAUAUUAAAGAAAGGCUUGAUUAUUAGAGGUUAUGACUCUCUAGCCAGUUUCAAACGUUUCAGAAGCAGAAAUGGAGUUUUUAAAUAGAUUAAAUAUUUCAGGGAUACUACACAGAAAAUGAUGCUUUAACUUUAGACGUUACCACAAAACCUACAAGAGUCGUCAGUUGUUACUGUGUUUGUGCUGCUGUUACAAUAAAUUCUAAUUUAAGUUAUAAACGUAUUAAAAUGAUAAGCCAACACUCAGUUAAUAGAAAUUACACAAAAUCACAAAAGACAGACUUGAUUUCGAUAUUUAAAGUGUAUGUUUUCUAAUAGCCUAAAAUUAAACAAUAUUAAUGUACAGCUAAGUAUAGUCUAAUUUAUGAUAUUCAUGUGCUUGGGGGAAAAGCAGUCAGUCAUUGCACCGUUUAUGAAAGUGGGUUAUUAUUAAAACAUCUGAAAAUUGGAUAAUGGCUUUAAUUUUGUCAUGAGCAGAAAUAUUUCCAUGUGACAGAAUUAUAAUGUGGUCUUUGAAUUCUCGUCAGUUUCACUUGUUUGUUCUAAACUUUUAUUUCAUUAUGGAGACAUAAAGUUGCUCUCGGCCUGACGUUCUCUGGGUGUCACUGGUUUGGUGGUUUGGGGAAAGCAAAAAGUGUUAAUGAAAGUCAGGUCAUUUUAAGAAAGUUGUUUAACAUCCACAGCCACCAGCAGGAGGCAUCACCUUUAACUUUUUGUUAUCACUAAAGACAUAUCCAAGAUCAAGAUUCAGUUUAAAAUGUGUAACUCGUGCUUCAUUUCCAUAAAUAUUGACAGAAAAAUUAAACAUUUACAAAGCCAAGUUAAGGGAGGUCUUCAGUCUAAAACAUGUGUUUUCUUACUGCGUAGCCUUGAGAAAAGUGCGAGUGGCUAAAGUCGUAUUGUCAAAGUCAAGUGUUUUAUUUAUAUAAGAACCAAAUCUGGUUAUUCUUUGUAUUUAAUGUAAGUUUGUAAACCAAAGGACGCAUUUAUUUUCUGCUUUAUUUCUGCUUUGUACUGAAUAUAAAGACAUGGACGCCGU